AUGGCGGUUGGAAAGAACAAGAGACUCUCAAAGGGCAAGAAGGGCCUCAAGAAGAAGACCGUGGACCCCUUCUCUCGCAAGGACUGGUACUCGAUCAAGGCCCCUAACCCUUUUAACGUACGAGACGUUGGGAAGACCCUCGUCAAUCGCACCAGUGGUCUCAAAAACGCCAACGAUGCUCUGAAGGGUCGUGUUGUUGAGGUCUCCCUCGCCGACCUCCAGAAGGACGAGGACCACUCAUUCCGCAAGGUUCAGCUCCGUGUGGACGAGGUCCAGGGCAAGAACUGCCUGACCAACUUCUACGGUCUUGACUUCACAUCCGAUAAGCUGCGCUCCCUGGUUCGCAAGUGGCAGACCCUCAUUGAGGCCAACGUCACCGUCAAGACCACCGACGACUACCUCAUCCGCCUCUUCGCUAUCGCCUUCACCAAGCGCCGCCCCAACCAGGUUAAGAAGACCACCUACGCUGCCUCUUCCCAGAUCCGCGCCAUCCGCAAGAAGAUGACCGACAUCAUCCAGCGCGAGGCCUCCACCUGCACUCUCACCCAGCUCACCUCCAAGCUCAUCCCUGAGGGCCAGAAGGUCGAGAGGGAGUUCAAGGAGCAGGUCCUGGAGACGGUCUAA